CAGGCGCACCAAAGGCCGUAUGCUGCCCCAUGGAGACUCCUCACAGGCGCACACUCCGAGCCGCUUGGACAGCCACAGAUCUAUCGCCAACAAAAACCGGAGCGUUAUGGAAGCUGCGCCGCAGGAAAGCGCGCAGAUAUAAACUGGUCUUUUGGAAACCUUGCGACAGCUGCAACAAUCAAUCACAACGCGACCUGAACGCACCACAUUUUUCUAGUCAGAGCACAAAUGCCGACCUGUGCAGUUUACAUGGAGCAGACCUAACUGCUUCACACAGAAGUUUCCGCCUCAGCUCUUCAGAUCACGCAGUCAGCAGAGCCGCUGCAGCACACACUGAGCAUCCACGCAAGGUCACACUGAACAUGCCCGGACUGUUGCUCGGAGAUUUCGAGGCGGAGACCACCACUGGCAAAAUUAAACUUCACGAAUUUCUCGGUGAUUCAUGGGGAAUCCUGUUCUCCCACCCCAGAGACUACACCCCCGUGUGCACCACAGAGCUGGGUCGAGCUGCCCGACUGAGCAGUGAGUUCAGUAAACGCAACGUGAAAAUGAUCGCCCUGUCCAUCGACUGCGUGGAGGAUCACCACGGUUGGAUCAAGGACAUCCUGGCAUACAACUGUGAAGAUUCAGCUUGCUGCUCGCUGCCCUUUCCCAUCAUAGCAGACAGUAACCGGGAGCUGGCAGUGGCCCUGGGCAUGCUGGACCCUGAUGAGAAGGACAAAGAUGGCUUUCCACUCACUGCCCGCUGUGUGUUCAUCAUCGGUCCUGACAAAAGGCUGAAGCUUUCAUUCCUCUACCCAGCCACCACCGGGCGCAACUUUGAUGAGAUUUUGCGAGUGGUGGACUCUCUCCAGGUCACAGCGACAAAACGAGUGGCCACACCUGUGGACUGGAAGCUGGGGGAGUGUGUGAUGGUCCCUCCCAGCAUACCUGAGGAGGACGCUGCCUCUUUGUUCCCAGAAGGCGUCUACACCAAAGACCUGCCCUCUGGAAGGAAGUAUCUGCGCUACACACCCCAGCCAUAAGUACAGGCAGAUACAAUACUGAUAAUCAACACUCCAAGAAACCUUAAUCCAGCAGCUGUCAACCCUGGACUUUAAGGACCUUGGGUACAGAUCAUUUUUGUCCCUAUCAGGCAUAGAAACAAGUUAGCAACUGAUUUUGUCCCUGACAUAAUGUAUGGAAUAAUAAGCAAUGCCUUAAAGAAUAUGCAGGACUUUUCUCAUUAAGACAUUUUACAUUUUUCUUAGGUUAAAAAAAAAUAUUUUGGAUUUGGCUUGAGAUAAUAGGUACAGCUCCAUUAAUAAAACCUUUGUGGUUCAAUGCACAUUUUGCUAAAGUGGCAUUUUGUUUUUGGAAAGGUAAGGGUCGAGAUGGUGCCAUAGUUCUUUAAAAAGGAGAAAAUGUAAUCAUAUGAUAUAAAGUUUGAUGUGUAUAGUACAGAGCUGCCACGAUUAAUCAAUUAAUCAUUUAGAUGAUCAAAAUCUUAGUUCCCAAUUCAAAGCAAGUUCAAAGCAAAAAUGUCAAACAUUUGUUGGUUCCAGUCUCUUAAAUGUAACUGAGCCUUUGUGUUUUAGACUGUUUGAAUGGAAAUUUGUAAACAUUGCUUUGGGAAAUUAUGACAAAUUUUUUCAUAAUGUUCUAACAUAUAAAGACAAGACUGUUAAUAUAUCAGAGAAAGUCUAUAUUGUUUACCCAAGAUGAUUGGUUUUUUUGACCAGUGCAAGAGGAAGUGGUUUUUGGUACCAUGUAUACAAGGAAGUGAGAGCAACUAAUACAAUUGUCAUUGCUGGGUAGUUAAAUUCUCUCUUCUCCCUGACUAGUUUGAUUCAUUAAACAGUUAGAACUUUUUAAUGUA